AUGGCCAAGUAUGUCAUCGAUGCCAGCGUGGAUGCCUACGAGAUUUGGUGCCAGUGGAGACUGGAUGAUGAAGAAUGUCUCCCCAUUCUUUACGCUCUACAGAUUGUGAAGCCAGAUCUGGAGACUGCGUAUGAGAUACUCAAGGAGCGUAACCUGGACGUGGUAGCACUGUCUUGUUUGAUUGAGAUUGCCGGAAGAGAUCCCGACGACUUAAAAAAACCUCAGUGGAUCCUUCCAAUCUUGGAGGACGAGGAGAUCUUUUCAGAGUACAUGAAACAUAUCAAGGAUCAUCGUAUGCUGAUUCACAAGAACAUGUUCACCGUGUACGAAUUUGCUUACAUCCCCGACGAGGAGUUGCAGGAAGUUUGGUCAUCCCAGUUUGGGAUUGAACAGCUGUGGUACGCUCAGUCUACUGAAAAGAAGGAAUUCUACAGAGAGAUUAACCGCAUUUUGAUGCCGCUGAUCGAGGAAUGCAAGACUAUUUGCGACAUGUCAUAG